AUGCAUGACUUUACCGAAAGAUUUAGGAGAGGCCUGAGGCUAAUAUUUAGACGUUACCAAUGGGAAUUCAAUUCGGCCAGUAUAAUACCAAGGAUUCAGUUUAGAUUUAAAGAAUUUGACCCAUCUCUCUAUUUCUGCUGUUCUUGGUUAUUACCACAAUGGGGUUUACUGACAUUUAGAAUUUUAGUAUUCUUGUACCUACUUGCUAUGACUGGUUGGGAUAUCUAUCACUACUAUUCAAUCGAUGAUCUACAAUUUUGGGCUGUAUAUGUUACUAAUUGGACAUAUACAAUUGUAAUACUAUAUUACCUUACUGGGAUAAUAAUAACAGAAAACUCUUACUCCCACAAUAUAAAUAUGAGAAGGUCACAGAUACAAAGAAGACAUUCAUGCGUUGAGAUGUAUAGAGAAGUUACUUCUACUCAAGAAGAAUCCCAAAAUGCAACAGAUUCUUCCUCAGCUUAUGAAAGCUGUGAUAAGGAUCACAAAUAUGACUGUCCAGAAAUAGCGUGUGUUACUUCAUCAUAUCCAACUAUGGAUGUAAAUAAUAUGAAAAAGAAAAUAACAAAUGGUCCAUAUAUGGAAGAUAUGAACUUGGAGAAUCAAAAAUUGAAUGCCUCUAUUAGUAAUUCAAGCGUACAGUCAGUAUCAACAUCUCAUGAAUCUCCUGUAAGUUCAUCAAGAAAUAAAGAAAUAAAUAUUACUAUAAACGAAGAAUCAGUUCCAAAUAUAUCCACAUACAAUGAUUCAGCUAAUAACAUUGCUUUUAAUACAGAACUAAUAAAUACUACGAAUAAAGGUUUGGAUGUAUAUCACAGUGCACAAAGAAGUGGAUAUUUAUCAUCAUCAUCAUCAUCAACAAGGGAUCAUUCCAGCGACAGCCAUAGUGCAAAAAGUGUUAAGAAGAAAGUGAAGAUAAGAUCAAGGAGUACAAAUGUAUUUGUUAGAAUUUAUGAAUACUUGAAAAGAAAUGAAUUCAAAGUUAUUAGGACACCCGAUGAUGAACAUCCCAUCUUGGCUGAUCCAUUCGACAAUUUAAAUGGACUUUCUAAUUCAAAUGACUUCAGAAAUAAUAAUUUGGUUCAGAUUCCAUUUCGUUAUCGCUUGAUAUGGGUACUUUAUUCUAUUUCAUUUCCUGCAACCUAUAUAGUUGCAAUUGUAUAUUGGUCUAUGAGUAUUGUAGCUCCAACAGGAAUUGAUGGAUUCUCAUAUUUAACUUUCAACAAGCAUGGCAUUGUGGCAUUUUGUAUAACUCUAGACACAUAUUUUACCACUAUUCCAUACUUCUUGGCUCAUGUCUUAUUCCCAUUUAUGUUCUGUGUUACAUAUUUGGUAUUUACUAUUAUAUACUACUUUUUAAGGCUACCUAAUCCUCAAGAUCACCGAGAUUUGGGUUUUGUAUACUCUGCAAUAAACUUUGCAAAUCCCUUAGUAUCUGCUCCUUGUAGUAUUGCAGUGUUUAUCUUAGUAUUUAUUGUUGUAACUGUCAUUUGGUGUUUUGUUGGAUUUAAUAGAAAUCAUCUUGUGGAUCCUCUUCCAAACCAACAAAGACAUCCAGUUAGCAAGAACAUCCAUACUCAAAUAAGUAUUGAGAAUUAA